UCAGUUUCGCUUUCAGUUUAUGUUUCCAGUCGUGUCUGUGAGGGCGAGUCUAAAUUCGUUAAUUCCUGUGGGUGAUAUUUGCAGAAUAACUCUGGCUAAGAGACUCCAAUGAUGCUUGUGAAAGGAGCUCUGUCAUGGAUGCCAAAAAGAGUAAAUCUGAUUCUUGAAAAACUCUGGAUCCUUCUAGACCAGUUCAUUCAGGAGUGCUUAUUAAAGAUAUGGUCAAUCUUACCACCAAAAGUGAGAACAGUUCUGUUAUGGAUAUGGGUCACAGUGAGCGCAGUUCUGAUAUGGAUAUGGGGCACAGUUUUUGGGCCACCACCAAUCAGGUACAGCCUGAAGGUCAUUGGAAAUGACAGUAAUUGUCACAAAGAGUUCAUGAGAAAUAUCAACUUCAAGCUUAAACUGCGCGAGCAGUCCCGUGAGGAUAAGAGUGACGUCAUCUUUGCUUUUGUCCCCAUUGUGUCACGAGCUGGAACUGACAUCGAAGCUGCUCUUCAGGAAAUUCCUGAUUCCAGGCCUGUUGUUCUAGUGGCUCUCCACCACACGUUUGAUCCAGAUUUUGUAGCUCCAGACAGCAAACUGUGUGUAAACAGGGCUAACGUGUUCACGGUGGACUGCCUGUUUCAUGAAGACCUAGGUCUGCUGGGAUGCCAACGCAACUUUGAGGCCCAAGAAUCAAUUGAAGAUUAUUUGAUUGGCAUCAAGAAGAUGUCCAGACUGCUGUGAGAUUGAUCUGUCCUGAGACUGAGAGACGUGUUUCAUCUACAGAAAUCUUAUACAGAUGUGUGCAAAUGAUUGGAUGCUUCUGUUCAAAUGACACAUGACCCAUUCCUGAAGUGUGGGUAAAUUUGGUGUAUAGAAAGAUUUGACUUAUCAGUGUUUUAUGGAUAAACAUUCUACAUAUUAUUGUUAAGACAUGAAUGAAAAAAAUGACGAGUAAUUAAUAUAUAGUACAUUUGGCUCAACAUUUUGUACAAAGUAAUGGUACAGCACCGACCAAUAAUAUACACCCACAGUGAAAAUUAGCAUACAGAAAGAGUAGCAUAAUAUAUGCAGUAAGAGCAGUGGUAGUAGCAAGGUAAUAGCUCCUUCAACCACAGACGCAGCUCCCCUCACGUCUCUGAGAGAUGGUGGAUAUGCGUUUGGUAGCUUGCUAUGUAGUGUCCCCAUAUAUGAUCUAAAAAGCUGUAAAUAAGCUUAAAAAGCUUGUUGGAAUGUUGGGUUAAUAUAUAUAUAUAUAUAUAUAUAUAUAU